AAUGCCGAGCCUUUCGGAGUUUGUUCACUGUGCGCUCGGUUGACUUCGGCGCCAUGUCCAAAUCAGAAUUAAUUUGAUUCAGUUGUAAUCAACUGGAAAAUGGGAAUAUUGUCGACGCUGCCGAGUAGGGGAUGUCUCUCUCACAAGUUUACUCUCUCUCGGGUCAUGGAAACGGACCUUAAAAGAAUGCGUGGUGAGUCAUAAAUUAAAAUAGACGUAACCCUUCGUUCUAAAACGGUUCCAUUGGGAGACAAUACAGAAGAAACAAGACGUUGGUCCCAGCGAGAACACGGUGCGAAGCAAGGGGAACUUCUUGAAGUGACGUUCAUGAAUCCAAAAACUGAGCCAUAAUUGAGCUGAGGGUGUUGGGGUUGAAGUCUCUCUACUGCGAAUGAUGUCGUCCAAACGAGCCACACCUCCGUUUCCCCCGGCGACAGAGGAAGAGGAAGCGAUAGGUCAGGACAGUGUGGGCUGGGCCAAUGAGGACAGAGAAAGCCAUGACCAGCCAGUUACGCCCCCUCUGCACGGCAAACCCUUCCCAGAGGAGCACCAGCCAAUCAGAGACAGCCAGCCUGAGUCGGACUGGGAGAGUAUAGGCCCUACUCAGACAGACAAUGCUAGUAGCAAGGGCUGUUCCUUGAACUCCUACCGGAAUAACUCUAUAUCUCCACCAAAGCCUGAGGAGUGUUCCCAGGAUUGCGGCGAGCUGCUAGGCGGAUCCGCCUUCAGAACACCGGAACGCCGCAAAGGAAGCCUGGCCGACGUGGUGGACACACUGAAACAGAAGAAACUAGUAGAGCUGACAAAGACAGAACAGGAUGAGUCUACCUGUGCGGAGACACUUCUGUCCAGGGACUGGAAAGACAGGAGGGACAGACUGAAUGCCAGCGAGCUCCUAGGAGAGGUCAAAGGUACCCCAGAGAGUUUGGAGGAGAAGGAGCGUCAGCUUUCGACCAUGAUUGGCCAGCUCAUCAGCCUGCGGGAGCAGCUCCUGGCGGCCCACGACGAGCAGAAGAAGAUGGCCGUCUCACAGAUGGAGAAGCAGAGGCAGCAAAUGGAGCUGGCCCGUCAGCAGCAGGACCAGAUUACGACACAGCAGCAGCAGCUCCUGCAGCAGCAGCAUAAGAUCAACGUUCUCCAGCAGCAGAUACAGGUGCAGGGUCACAUGCCACCUCUGAUGAUCCCAGUGUUUCCUCACGACCAGCGCUCUAUGGCGGCCGCUGCCGCACAGCAGGGCUUCCUCUUCCCACCGAACAUGUCCUACAAGCCAGGUGAUAACUACCCCAUGCAGUUCAUUCCAUCCACAAUGGCAGCUGCAGCCGCUUCAGGACUGAGCCCACUCCAUCAGCAGCUGUACGCUGCCCAGCUGGCCAGCAUGCAGAUCUCUCCCGGAGCCAAAAUGGCCUCCCUGCCGCAGCCUCAAAACUCCUCAGGCCCCCUCUCGCCCUCUGCCUUGAAGAGUAAGAAGAGAGCAUCGAGUCCUGUCACUCACAUUAAGGAGGAAGGAUCGACACAGCCCCUGAAUCUCUCAGCCCGACCCAAGACUGGCGAGCCCCACCACUCCCCAUCCUCGCCGUCACACGGCCUGUACCCUGGCAACAAGAGCAGGCCCAUCAGCAUGGGGAAGAGACGCAUCCCCAGCCCCCUCUCCAACAUGGGCAGGGGCUCACUGGACAUCCUGUCUAGCCUGAACCCCACGCCACUGUUUGGGGACCAGGAUGCGGUGAUGAGCGCCAUCCAGGAGGCGAGGAAGAUGAGGGAGCAGAUCCAGAGAGAACAGCUUCAUCACCAGCAGCAAAGCCUGGAGGCCAAGCUCACGGCCCUGAGCGGCAUGAGUUUCAGCAAUGGCAGCAAGGAGCGGAUGCACUUUGAGAGUUUGAGUCAGCACCUGGGCAACCUGGGAGAGGAUGGAAAGACAGGCCACAGGGUCAUUGACCUCACCAGACAUGAGGAUGUUGAUGGUGUCUCCUGCACUACAGAGGCCCGGGUCUUCAGGGAGACCAGGGGCAGGAACAGUACUGAGCCCCACAUUAAGAGACCCAUGAAUGCCUUCAUGGUGUGGGCCAAGGACGAGAGGAGGAAGAUCCUGCAGACCUUCCCCGACAUGCACAAUUCCAACAUCAGCAAGAUCCUGGGCUCUCGCUGGAAGUCCAUGACCAACCAGGAGAAGCAGCCAUACUACGAGGAACAGGCCCAUCUCAGUAAGAUCCACCUGGAGAAGUACCCCAACUACAAGUACAAGCCCCGGCCCAAGAGGACCUGCAUCAUCGACGGCAAGAAGCUACGCAUCGGCGAGUACAAGCAGAUGAUGCGCUCGCGGCGACAGGAGAUGAGGCAGUUCUUCCAGUGUGGGCAGAUGCCACAGCCUCAGAUCCCCAUCAGCAACAGUGCCGGCGGCCUCUACCCGGCUGCCAUCGCCAUAGCGACAGCCACGCCCUCACCGCACCUGACGUCGGACUGCUCCAGCGCCUCGGCCAGCCCCGAGCCCGCCAUCCCCGCCACCCAGAGCACGUUCGGCGUGGUCAAGCCCAAGCCGGUCGCCAUGGUGACCGGCGAUCACCCGGUCAUCGGAGAGGACGAGAUAGACAUGUAUGAAGACUUUGAGGACAAAUCGGACUACAGCAGUGGCCAUGAGACACGGGAGCCUGUCGGCGCCAACUGAGCAUGCUCAGAAGAACCUCUGAUUUUUUUUGAACUUUUUUUUUUAAAGCGGGACAAUGUGACAGAGACAGAGUUCUGAGCAGAACAACUUUUCAACAGUACGACGGGAGCUGAGCAUGUGCUCGAAGCAGCUGCGUCCGGGAUACGAUGCACCACAGACUGAGCAUGUUCAGAUUGACUCUCGACAGGAAGUGACAUAAACUAAACAUGCUCAGAUCUCACAGAGCAUGUUGUUCAAAAAAGACCUUUUUAGACGAGAGUGCUUCUUUUUAGCAUGCGCAAACGUCUCAGAAACGAUCCCGUACAGAGGGAUUGGGCAAAGACAACCUCCAGACAACCUCCAGACAACCUCCAGACAGUCUACCAGAAAGACAGUGAACAUACUCACAAGGCAAUUACAAUGCAACAUGGACAAGAGCAAGUAAGAGUCAGUAAGAGGUCGAUGAGAAGAGAAUGAGAUUAAAGAACAAAGAGAUAGCCUACACAUUUCCCGCGUGUGUAUUUUUUUUUAUAGGAGCGUGCAUGUAUUUGACUAAAACAUCAGGAAUUGGUCUUCGACAGCGGUCAGUCUUAAAUGUUUAUUUUAAGUGUGAUGACGUUUUUUUUUUUGUGUUUUUAAAUUUGAUUUCCAUGGACAUGUUCCUUGAUUAGGUUACUUGCCUGUAAAACCUUGGAUUGUCAGGACUUGAAAAUGUGAAAGGUAAUGUAAAAUCCUUAGCUCUUGUAGUUUGACAUGAUUAUUUCUCAUGAGUACAGUACCCCUCCACCUUUCUCGACAAAUGCUUACAAUAUGUUACAUUACUGUUUAUGAUGGGGUUUGAUAUCCUUGCUCAGGUAUGCUGUGCCAGCUUGUGAAUGUGUUUUUGAUUUCAUAUGAGAGAAUGGUAGGACUUUUCAAACUGACAACGAAACAGGGGAGGAAAAAUCCCUUUUAUUAUUAUUAAUAUUAUUAUUAUAUUUUUUUUUUAAUUUUUAGAUAUUGUACAGUUUUUCUUGAAAUGUGCCAAACCUACAUUCACAUCCCUCUAAAAUACUCUAGUCUUAAUUUUGAUGCUGCAAAAUGUCUUAUACAAUAUUUUUUUUUAUUGCUGAUGUGUCCAUAUUAGGAAGAAUCUCCCCGACCCCCCCCCCCCCCUUUGGACCAUGGGUAGGCCCAGCACUCUAGGACACCUUGUGCUGCGCUACAGGGUCAUGUUAAUUAGGUACCAAAUGAAAGACAACCGACAUUUGAAGCGUUUUCCCUUGCAUAACCCAGUAAACAACCCAGCUCUCAUCGCCAAACACAAUGCCUCAGGAUUCCUCAGGAUACUGAUCUCUGGCACCACCUCUGGCAAUGACACAGACCAGUAGAGAGAUUAAUCGUAGAGAGUAUCAAUCUGGGGAUGUUUAGCCCCAAGUACCUUCCCCUCUCUUUUCUUAGCCCACAUCUUCUACGGGACGUUAAAGGGGUCGUUCAUGAUUUUACAACGAAGGUUUGUAUUGGCUGUUUAUAGAAAACCUUAACCAUGUUUUACAUGUUUAUUCUGGCCCAUAGACUAUAUUCAAGGUGAGGAACCAUCUAACAUCAAGUUGUAAAAUCCUGAACGUCCACUUUAAUUCACCCAUAAUGCAUAGAGGCCAAAAAUGAUAAAAUUAGUUGUUUUGGCACACUGUUACAGGACAUUGACUUUCAGCUUGAGUGGCUUUUUUGGUUGGAUUUCUUUUUUUCUGGCUCAAGUUUGUGUGUAGAGUUUGUGAGUAUAACAUGUGUUAUACAGACUCAGCAAAUGUUGUUAAUGACACAGUACAUCUUAAUAGGCACAAUAAGUCUUAAAGUUAGACUCUUAGUUCUAUGGUCAUUCCGAAUGACAGGAAACUGCAGAGGAGCGGUCCAGACAGUCAUUUCGAUAGUAGGGACACCAUAUAUUUAGGGGUUUAAAAUGUACAUUUUCUUUACUGCGUUAUACCGAGGUACAGAAUAUCAGAUUUUGUUUCUGUGUAUUGAUCAGUUUACAAUUAUGUUGACGUCAGAGGUGGUUUUCAAAAUACAGACCAAUGUUUUUUUUUUGUCAAAUUGGUACGUUGUCAAAAAAACUAAAACGUGGGUCAAUAUAACCUUGAGCAUUUCAAAAGGUACAUGUAUAUUUUGAAAGGGAUGUUUAAAGUAAAUUUAAAACGUACCCAUAAAAGUCCUAUUUUCAUAAUUCUCCACUUUGCAAAUAUGUCUACUUUUACAAGCUCUAUUUUAGGGUUUGUGUUACUCUGUUUGCUGGUUGAUUUGUAUGUGAUUUGUAACUCUUUUUGACCAUGUCGAAUGACAUUUUUGCAGGUUGGUAGAAGAAAAAAAACACGUUUUUUUUUUUUUUUUGGACUGAAGUUUGAUUGAACUUUGCAUUACCACAAAAAGGAGAGUUAUACCGCUUGCCUCGUGCGUGGACAUAGUUCCCAGUGUUCUAAGCAUCACACGCACUGGAUAUUAAUGUUCUCUUCUCAGUACUGCCUAAUGUGAAGUUGUCGUUAAAAAAAACGACAAAAUUCUGACAAACAAAAAAAGUCACCUGUUUUGACUUGAGAGGAAAACCUCACAUUUCCAGUUUAGUAGUAUUUUUUAAAGAUUUAUUUAUGCAGAAGUCAUUGUUUUAACUCCAGUGCUGCCUGAGGUGCUUUGCCCUUUGACACAAGUCCAAAGGUCACUCAGACCACCGGUCUGUUUCGACCUACAGAAGCAGAUGUCUUUUUUUUUCUCCUGGUCACACACAUUUUGUGUUGAGUAUUGUAUUUGAAAUUAAAUUGUGCUUUUUAAAAUUUCAUUGUAUUUAUUAGCUGGUGUUGGCUCUAAAAGUGUCAGUACUUCUUUGUGAGGAAGACAAUCAGAGAAAGAAAUAAAGACAGAUUUCCGUACAAAUUCA